AAUAUGGGAAUCAAAUUCUCAACCACUGAUGGAUUGAAGCCAAACGCUAAACCCAAGUGUCCAGUGAAUGGUCACACGCCGUACUUCAAUGACCCGGCCGUUCAAAAAGCUAUACACGUAAGGGAAGGUGGGGUGCGUUGGGCCGCCUGUAGUGGUGCUUACGAUAAGACCCAUGCCUUUACAUCUCAAGAAGAGAUUGCCUUUGAUUUGAUCCAUAAGUACAAAAUCGGUCGUUUUGUUGUAUAUAACGGAGACCUCGAUAUCAUGUGUGACUUUAUAUCGGAUCAGCGCUUCGUUGAUGGGGUCGCCGCCGCCACACGAAGCAAAAAACUUGAAAACUAUCGCAAAUGGACUGAAGACGGAAAGCCCGACGGAAGGAUCGGUGGUUUUGUUCAGCACUACGAGAAUGGCCUGAGCUUUGUGUUAGUCCGCAAUGCGGGACAUAUGGUGCCCGACAAUAAGCCCGAAGCAGCUCUUCAAAUAUUUAAGCAUUUAUUCGGCAUGGUCAAACUUUAA